AUUUAUUAUUCUUUUAUCUUGAAUCGGAGUCUAUCAAAAUCACUCUGCUUUUUUUCAAAAUAGCAGUAUAUUUUACCCGCCCAACCUAUUUGUGUGAAUAUAUUGGGUUUGUCUGUUGUAUUUACUCACCGCGACCAUAAUACUGUCGAUAAGUGAAAUCUCAAGGAAGAAUAUGCGCCAAAAGCUUACUCCUAAAAAUUAUAUAGGUCGGUGGGGAAAAGGGAUUGCGAAAAGCUCAAAGCCACUCUACACCCCACACCCGACACCAGUAUCACUCUGAAUUGGAGGCGGAGGGUUUUGGCGAUAGAAAUCUGAAUGGAUCAGAUACUGAACAAAGUGGGAUCUUACUGGAUUGGUAAGAGAGCCAACAAGGAACUCAAUUCUGUCGGCGACGACAUUAACUCACUGCAAAGCAGUAUUGAAGGAGGAACAAAAUGGCUAGUGAACAAGCUUAAAGGAAAAAUGCAAAAGCCAUUGCCAGAUCUUCUGAAGGAGUAUGAUGUUCCAGUAGGUAUUUUUCCUCGGGAUGCCACCAAUUAUGAGUUCAAUGAAGAAACACGGAAGCUCACUGUCUAUAUACCCUCUGUAUGUGAAGUCGGUUAUAAGGAUUCAUCUAUAUUACGCUUCUCUACAGCUGUUACUGGAUAUCUGGAAAAAGGAAAGCUAGUUGAUAUUGAAGGAAUGAAAACAAAGGUGAUGGUGUGGGUAAAAGUUACUGCCAUCUCAUCUGAAAAAUCCAAGGUUCAUUUCACAGCUGGUUUGAAGAAAACCCGGAGCAGGGAGGCUUAUGAGGUUCUGAGAGAUGGAGUAGCUAUUGAAAAAUUCUAGUGAAAUAAACUGGCUUUGAACGUCCGAUGUACUAUGAGACCAAUCUGAGGGAUCAAAAAUACAACUAUUGUAUGUUAAAAUUCUUUGGUUCUUCUUUGUAUGUGCUGCUUCGUCCUCUGUGUUGGUUUUCCAAGACUUUUCAAAAUUUGUUUGUUACAUUUGUCAUGUUAAGAGUAAGUAACAAACGAAAUCUGUUGUAUAAUGGCAAAGUACUAUUGUAUUUGCCGAAUAAGAUGUACAAAGCCUUUAUGAAAGAAAGUGGAGUUUGUCUGUCA